GCAUCAUAUGGCCUCCUCACUUCCUCCACUCGCUUCUGUGGCAUAGGAAGUCAAGUAUCUGUCGAGAUUCUGCAAAGCCUGCGAGUUUGCUGCAGCUGGCGCCAUGCUCCUGUCUGUGUGUCUGGCAUCUAUGUUGCCAUUUGUGGCCUACAGCUGGACUCAAGGAUAUGGACUUCCCAUUUUCUCCGAACUGACCCGUGCUUUCACGCCUCCAAAGUUUAGCCAACCAGCACCACCUUCCUGUAAUACACUACCACUUUUCCAGCAGCCAGCACAAAAGUCUGCUAGUCUAUGGAGGAAAGGCAAAGGAAAGAGGACCAUGCAGACCAUCACGGCAGCUCCAUCUCCUACAACGCCGCCACCGCCACAGGCACCAACUACAGCAGCAGCUCCUGGGGAAGUUUCCUGGGUUAACCAGAUCCACCAACAGCAACGGUUCGUUGGGCUCCAUGAAGAUGAUAUCCUGGAAGAAAAGGUGAAUGUUCCCUCCGGUACCCACAUAAGAUGGUAUAAGAACAAUGUUCUACUGCAGCAGAGUAGCAAUAACAGUGGGGGUACUUCUGCCUCAAGUACACCGUCACAACGUUUUUAUGCAGUAUCAUCAUCAUCAUCAGUCUCUCGCGUUCUUAUUUCAACUAUGAUCUAUUUCGACUGCGCUGCUAUCAGCGAUGCCGGACUCUAUCGACUGCAGUUAGACAUACCUAAUAGUAGCAACAACUGGCAUCGUAAUUAUUCCAUCAUAAUAGUAGAUUGGAGUGGUGUUCCAGGGGUAAGCUGCAUGUAUGAAGAUAAUGAGAUGGCCUACUUGCCUCGGAUCUACCAAUAUGCUCUCUCAGCUCAGGUUCCUGUAGGAGGCAGCGUUAUCCUACCUUGUGGCUACCAAGGACUUCUAACAGAUGUGGCUUGGUAUCGUAACAGAACGUUGAUCUUGUCUGAUGACAUCAACCACGAGAUAAGACCCGGUGGUGAUCUAUUGAUCCAGCAGGCAAGUGCAUCGCCAACUCCCGUCCGCUACGCCUGCUGGGUAGGGAGUACAGCAUACGCCAGUCUCACGGAUGUUAUAUACACGGAUGUUUACGUUCAGGAAUAACCUUCUGCCCAGGAUGACUCUGACUUCCACUUUCUGGAGCUGACAGGAACAUUUGGAAGACCCUCCAGGAUCACGCACGUCGAUUUGGCAGGAUAUUAAUUCAUGUCUGAUUAAUGUCACUCUCCUCCCUGUUGCUCUUUGCACUUCAUCAGAACCGAAAGCUUGAGAUCUUAGGAAGUCUACUAGAGAAACGAUGGCUAUAGAUGAAAGAAAGCUGCAAUUGCUGGCGUUUUUCUUGGCUGGGAAACCCCCGCCACCUCUCCCCCUCCCCUUUUUUAUUUAUUCUGUUUUAUUUUAUUUAUCUAUUAUUAUUUUCUUUCUUCUUUGAAAACUGUCACUGCAUUGGACAUUACCCAACGUUUCUUGACACAUUUCUUGAAUUCACUUCGAUAUUUUUCUGAUUUCAUAUAACCUGAGAUUUCUUCGUUUAUUCAGUUUUGAAUACGCUAUAUCGUUGGAGAAAGCACAGCUGAAACAAGGGAAAAAUAUAGAAGACUCAGACAAUUUGGUUCUGCUAAUACAAUAGUUAUUGAGCUUUUGAUUAAAUUCAUAGAGUUCUCGUGUUAUAUAUAAUCUGUUUCCCUUGUUUUGUAGAGCCCAGAGGUACACAACAGGCUUCUUGUCUCCUUUGAUACGUCACCACACUUACGGUUCCGGGCCCUUGGGCUUUAUCUAAACCUACAGCCAAAGUUUGUGCCGGCUUUAUCUUAAUUUAUGGUGUGUUCAUUUGAGCCUCUUGCUCUUAUAUCUGUACUUUUCUUUUUUUGGCUUUUCUUCGUUUCUUUUGAAAAUAAGGUAAAAUUAUGUUAUUCGCUAUUUUCAGUCUUUUAUAUUUCCUUUUUGCAAAGUUAGAAAUGAAAUAUUAACAAACUGCAUCAAAAUGAUAACGAUUAUAGGCUGAGAGGAUAAUCCUAGUAGGGUCGUAUUAUAAUUCUGAUGUGGCGGUACAGGGAUUUUGACUCAGUGGUUUCCAGGUGACAUGAUAAACUCCCAAAAGUUCCACAAACUUUCUGUGUGCGCCUAGGUUUGUGUUUUCUUUUGAGAAGUCGAUUUUUACGGCAUCAUGCAAAUAAAAGUAUGAUGAAAUAUUAUACUUCGGUACCUGAAGAGCGUAUGGUAGUCGCCUUUGUUACUUUUAUUUAAGGCUCAAAGCCAUUUCUUCCUUUUAUCACAAAAGAGAUAGAAGUUACAUCCUGGAGCAAUUUGAUUUCAUGCACGAUAUCGACAUACUUUUUAUGAUUUGUCAUAUUGCAUUUCUUUCGUUCCUCUCCGAUGGAACAGUUUCUUUACCCUAACUGAGACGUUUAUUUAUCUCCGUGAUGAUUCUCAGGGACAUUUUGAGCACUCAACGACCGUUAUGUAGCUCGGUAAGUAGUAUAAUUUAGCUUUUUAUUAUUAUUAUUAUUAUUAUUAUUAUUAUUAUUAUUAUUAUUAUUAUUAUUAUUAUUAUUAUUAUUGAAAGAUAUUUCUGCAUCAGCUGCAGUCAACUUGUAAAGAGUGUUCUUUAUCUUCCUAAUAACAGUUUUCUCUCUGGCGAGUAACUCGCCGAUGUGAUUCAUCAGAGGAGUCAAUUGCAGGGAUAUUUUGCGCUAAUUCAUUAUAGAAAGUAAGUACAAUGUAGAGUGCACCGCCCGUAGAGUUUAUACAAUAUUUUGCAGACAUAAAUCAAUAUUGGGAGUAGUUGAUGAGCAGUGGCUUGAGAGGAACUUUCUCCAGCCAAUAGGAGGAUAGCACUGCGCAACCGACCAAUGAGAAUUCAGCAUACGGUUGACCCCAUGCUGACCUACCACUAGUAUAUAUUGAGUAGAUCCCGACGACAUCUUGCUUUGUAUCUAUAAAUAAUAGUGUGCAUAACCCUACGGGCUUUGCACUCAAUAUUUGACUUACUUUCUAUAAUAAAUUAAUGCAAACUAUCCCUGAAAUUGACUCCUCUGAAGAAUCACAUUGGCGCGAUACUCGUCAGUUGUAGUGACAGAAAGAAAACUGUUAUUGAUGCAACACUAUCUUUCAGAAAUACCUUUUUGAAAGAGGGUCUCGUUUCAAUAGGUUAUUAUUAUUAUUAUUAUUAUUAUUAUUAUUAUUAUUAUUAUUAUUAUUAUUAUUAUUAUUAUUAUUAUUAUAUCGGAGUUAGGAAAGGAAUUCAAGAGCAAAGAUAUAUAUAAUUUUCUUCUUAAUACAUUCACAUUGCAUUUACAGACAGCACGCAAAACAGGCUAAAAAAUGCACAGGGUUGAAGUAUUGAGAUAUAAAAGAUAUGAUAUUUAGAGUCAGUUACUGGUAAAUCAUUUUCCUUCUAAAGUAGUGACCUGUAUUUGUAAAGUAAUUUGAUUUUCAAUUUGUCAAGGCCUCGAAUAAUCUUACUAAUAAGCUAAUAUUACCUAUGAUACUGAAAUUUAAUUUCUUCAAUUAUACUACAAACUCUCCAGAGCAAUAUUAGAAUGACACAUGCUC